AUGAGGUUAAUCUAUGGUGGGUAGGUGUUAAAAACUAUUAUAUGGUAAUUGUUUUUAGUGAUGAUUUGCUUCGAUUGUUAGAUUUCUUUGCAAAUUUUAAUAAGGACUUUUUUUCAUUCGAAUUCAAUAUUUAUUGUAAAUGGAUACUACAGAAUCUACAAAAGUAACAUCAUCCGCUAUAGAGUUUUAUAAUUUACCAAUAGGUACAGAUAGGAAUCAAGUUUAUAAGGAGUUUGGUCAAUUUGGGGAAAUUUGCAAAUUAUAUAUUAAUAAUUCAGAGGGAUAUGGGAAUGUGUACUUUGUAUCUGAAAAAUGUGCUCAAGAUGCUUACAAUAGCCUGAGUAUCAAUUCUAGGCUAAAUAUUGGAUUAAAACCACCGGUAGCUGCAAUUGUUCGAAGGAAAGUAAAACCGGAGCAAUCUGAAUCAUCAGUUAGUAGUGAUUUAAAUUCCUUUACAAUGUAUCAAGAUUAUGACGAUGAUUUUCUGGCCUCAGAAGGCCCAUCCCUUGUUGAUGUUUUUGGAAAUCCAAUUACUACUUUACAAGAUGACGAUGGAACAAUUUAUGUUCCAAUAAAACAAAUUAAAAAGAUGGGUGUAAAGUUUUUUGACGCCAGUAUGUAUCCUCCACCAGGAUAUAAACUUAAAAAUAAUAAAGCCAUUAUUGAACAGUUUGAGUUAUAUAUGCAACUCAAAGCCAGAAAAUUUUUAAUACAGAAUAGAAUCGUUUUAGAUGAAAGUAUUGUGAAUGAUAGCAUUGAAAGCUGUAAGAGAUCUGUUUUCGAAAGUAGUUACAAGCAAAAUGAUCUUAGUCCAAAUCAGCUUACAAGAAGUAUGAGAAAUAAUCGGGGCCGAUCCAUGCAAAACAAUGAACUUGAAGACUCUUAUAAACGGAGUCAAAGUAGAAAUCGUAGAAAUAACCAAAAUGCAAACAGAAAUCAAUUCAGAAACGAAAAUCAUCAACCACAACCGCAGCAACAUCAAUCACGACACGUUGAUUUUUCCUUUUCACCGAAUCAACAAAAAUCAAGCAAUAAUAAUUACAAUAACCGAAAUCAAUUUGCUAAUAAUGAUCAAGCAUCUCAAAUGCGACGACCCAGAACAAAUCAGAUAAAAAACGUUCAGCAAAAUAUUAGUCACUUAAAAGAUGAGAAAAAGCAGGAAUCUUUUGUUCAAAAUCGAACUAAAUCUGAUAAUACUACAAAUUGGAAUUCUGAAACUAAACCCAGCAUUUCAGAGAAAGUAACUGGAGUAAAAACUACUCCAAUUGUUUCACCUUCAAAUGAUAACAACACAGAAGAUAUUUCAAAUAUUAAAACAAAGGAAACUAUAAAAUUAGUGGAGUUAGAACUAAGAAAGGAUUUGAUGGUAGCAGUGCAACAUGUGGAAAGCGAUUCUGUUGGCUGGGUAACAUUGGAAGAUAAUGAAGAAAUAUUACAAAAAAUUACAAUGGAUAUAUUAGAGGAAGUUCAGAACGCCAAUACAGUAAAACCUAUUGUGGGCGGCAUUUAUGCUGCAAUGUUCGAUAGUCUUUGGUUUAGAGCAGUCGUUCAAGAAGUCUUGCCUUCUUUAAAAGUUCAUUUUAUUGACUUUGGAAAUACUUCUACAGUUUCGGAAGUGAAACAACUUUCUGAAAGAUUACAGUCUAUUCCCGCACAAGCCAUCAAAAUUAGAUUGAAAACCUCGUCAAAGAAAAAAUUGAAUGUUGAUGACAUAUUCAAAAUUAAACCAAUAUUAAAGGAGGACAAUAACACGUAUGUGAUUGAGGUGGUUAAUAAUGAAGUCAAUCAACAUAUGCCCCCGGCGAAAUUCAAGACCGAUGAACCACUACCAAAAGAUAUAGAGAUUGAAAAUGAAUCUUUAAGUAUUUCAUCUGCUUCUGAAAAUAUUGACAAGACUACACCUGGAAGUAUUAUUUAUCAUAUUUCACCGGGUGAAAGCGGUGCAUUAGAAGUAAACGAUAUCAUGGAUAACGGUCACAUUGUUGCUUUCUUUACAACUGAGAAAUUCGUAGAAAAAGUAUGUUCAUUAGAUACUUUAAAGCCUGGUAAAGAGCUGAAUCAGGCGACCGUUGGAGAUCUUGUGGUGGUUAACUAUGAAGAAUCCUAUGCAAGAGGGCGCAUAGUCGAAAUCAAAGAUAAAAGGUUCAAAGUAGCCUUAAUAGAUUACGGGACUAUUUUGGAGACUAAAGAUGUAAAAAAGUUACCUUCCGAAUUCUACAAAAUUCCGGAAUUCACAUGCGUAUGCAUCGUAAACCCUGGAUUAAUGAGUGACAUCAAACUGGGUAUGACAAUAAACGUAACAGUACUUCCUAAUAACAAAGUGAAGUUACUGAAUAUGGGGCUUGAUAAUAAAAAAAAUGAGGCGACCGUACUUCAGUGGAAUCCCGCGGAAAGUUUGGGAAUUGAUUUGGAUCAGAAGCAAUAUUAUUGGCGAGAUUUGGCCAAUUUUCAACUACAAGAUAAUACAGUUGUUGCAAUUUUUGCCGAAAAUGAUGGAUUUCUCAUGCUUAGAACGAGGGAAAGUAUAGCUAAACUGAAAGAAAUUUGCAACUAUUUGAAAAGCUAUAAAGCCGAACCAUUGGAUCGAAAACCACAAAUAGGAGAGUUACUGUUGCAUAUUCAUUCCGAUAAUGUAUUAUAUCGCGUGGUCACUACCGAAAUGAAGGGGGAUACGAUUGAUAUCCAUUUUAUUGACUAUGGUCAUUGGGACACUUGUACUGUCGAAAACUUGAGGAAAGUGGACAAAACGUUAGCCAGUUAUGAAAAUACUUUAAUUAAAACAAGACUUACAGGAUUCCAGAGUUUUGACAAGGCUCAAGUCGAAGAACUCAAAAAAUGCAAAGAGAACAAAGAAAAGUUCAAAGCAGUUUUUGUACGAGAAGAUAAAGAAGUUGAAUUAAAAUCUAUAGAUGGGGGUGCAAAUUUAUCCGACAGAUUAAAAAAAUUAACAACAAAAUCAACAUCCACACGAAAAGCAUCUUCCAAAACUCCCGAAAAAGAAAAAUCCCCAAAAGUUUCACCUACCAAGCGAAAAUCAUCAGUCGUAAAAGUUUCAGAGAUCCCUAAACCUGAACUACCUUCAGGGAAGCAACAAGUUAUUUGUUUAGCAACAAACAAUAUAAACGAAGGUAUUGUGGUAUUCUGUGAUACUGUAGUGGAAAUAUUAACCACAAUCCAAACUGCCAUUAAUGAAUAUAUGGAAAGUGACCCCCCACCUUAUCAACCUCAGGAAAGUUUAGAAGUCGUCUUAGCUUAUUUUGAAGACGAUUGGUAUCGAGCAAUGAACUUAUCAGAAAAAGGAGAAGAAAAUCAUGAGCUGCUAUUCAUAGAUUAUGGUAAUUGUGCUUCCGUAGAUCCUGCAUUUAUAAGAAAGAUACCUUCAAAUUUGGUGCAAUUUCCCCGAGUAGCACGGUUUUGCUACCUUAAAGAUGUCAAAGUUGAAAAUGAAGCAGUUUUAAAUGUAGUUAAAGAGCUUAUCUCGGAAAAUUCGAUGUACGAAGUAGAAUUCAUUAAUCAAGAGGAAGAUGGUGUUUAUAAUGUUAUUAUACCCUUAGUCAUGGACACUUUGAAGAAAAAAAAAUUGUUAUAGACGAAAGAUGAAUUAACAGAAUGUUUCGAUGGUGCAGCCUUUAUAGAAUCGUUUUUGAUCAAGUAACUGUUUUUUGUUGCAUUAGGGUAAGAGUUUAAUUUUAAGUGUAUCGUAUUUUUUUUUUUUUCAUAUUUUGUUUCAAAGCAAUUCUAAAAUGAAUUAUAUGACAUGAAGUAAUUUAAUCUGUGAACAAUUUUUUAUCAUUAAUUUUAAGAAAAACAUUUUAUGUUUCUAAUUUAUGUAUCUUAAAAAUUCAAUAUAUGUUAUUUUUAUGUCACGAAUUAAUGUUUUUAAAAUGUGAAGAUUUGGUUUUGUAUCUUUUCUUACAAAAAUUAUCUUUUAUACUUCCUU